AUGACAGCUGCGAUACACAGUUACAGCAAUGUCACGAUCGCAAUCAUCUCUAAUUGGUUGAUGCUCGCUCAUGAUUGGCUGAUGUAUUUUUGCAACAGGAAUAUCAUAAAUUCAGCCAAUCACAACGAUGGCGAUUGUAAUAAUGAUUGAUGCAGUUUUUCCGCAAUCGAGCAGCAGAUUCAAAUUGUCGACUGGUGAACUGCUACGAUUGGUCAUUUGACUGUUCAAAACUCUUUGGGCCACUGGCAACUGCCAUUUUGUUCAAACGAUUUACCGUUUGGAUGUUUGAAAUCUUCUUUGUGAAUUUGUUAGAAAUUAUCAAUACUUUUAUCCGUAAUUAUUAAUAUUUUAUUUCAAUUUAAUUUAUAUUUUAAGUUUAUUUAUAAUGACGACAAUCAAAGAAGAGGAAAAGAAGGAAAUUCCUGAAAUUAUCCAUGAUCCCCAAACACAUUGCGCUUAUAAAAGAUUGCGAUUCUUUGGAAAGGGUGGCUUUGCAAAAUGCUACGAAAUACAGGACUUAGCCACGAACCAGGUGUAUGCUGGCAAAAUAGUAUCAAAGAAACUGAUGGUAAAAUCAAGCCAAAGAGACAAAAUGUCCCAAGAGAUAGAUAUUCACAGAUCCUUAAAGCAUAAGCAUGUUGUCGGCUUCCACAACUUUUUUGAAGACCAUCUCAACAUUUAUAUUAUACUUGAACUCUGCAAAAGGAGAUCGAUGAUGGAACUCCACAAACGUAGGAAAGCCAUAACAGAGCCAGAGACAAGAUACUACAUGCAUCAGAUACUGUUAGGCGUGCAGUACUUGCACGGCCAGCGGAUCAUACACAGGGAUCUUAAACUCGGAAAUCUGUUCCUUGAUGAUGAUUUACAUGUUAAGAUUGGGGACUUCGGCCUUGCGGCUAAAAUUGAAUAUGAAGGAGAGAGAAAGAAGACUUUAUGCGGUACGCCAAAUUAUAUCGCGCCAGAAAUAUUGUCAAAGACUGGUCACUCGUUCGAAGUUGAUAUCUGGAGUUUGGGGUGCAUCAUGUACACAUUGCUGGUCGGCAAGCCGCCCUUUGAAACCUCCAGCCUGAAAGACACUUAUAAGAGGAUCAAGCUGUGUGAAUACAGUGAUGGGGUAAAGCUAGCUCUGCACGCGUGUCUCUCCGGGCCGUGGCACGCGGUCGGCACGCGAUACGCGCAGGCGGUUAUCAACGAUAACACCCUGAAACAACGCUACAGGAUUCCAUCGUCGCUUCGCAAGCCAGCUUCGAAUAUGAUAAUCAUGCAGCUGCAGUCCGUCCCAGCGAAACGGCCUCCAGUGGACAAACUGCUGCAACACGAGUUCUUCACCUCCGGCAUCAUGCCUGCCGCGCUGCCGCUGUCUUGCCUCACCACCGCGCCCAGGACUGACCAACUCGAGGGUCUGGCGGUGCACAGGAAACCGCUUAACGAAGUCAAGAACAACGAGAACAUCAUGGCAGUAGAUUCGCCGAUGAAGCGCGGCCCCGGCAUGCCGCUGGAGCCGCACGCCGUGGAGCCGCUGUCGCACAAGCAGAACCUCGUGGCGCUGCGAGACCAGCUGAAAGCGCUACUCGGCGGCCAGGUCAAAUAUCGUCGCGACCACCUGAACGACGACAUGAGCGAUCCAGUUGCCCAGCCGCUGGUGUGGGUGGGCAAGUGGGUGGACUACAGCGACAAGUACGGCUUCGGCUACCAGCUGUGCGACGAGAGCGUGGGCGUCAUGUUCAACGACACCACCAAGCUUAUUAUGUUGGCCAACGGAGUAAACGUCCACUACAUCAACCGACAAGGCCAGGAGCAGUAUAUGACCAUGCAGGAAUACCCGCAGGAGCUUGACAAGAAGAUGAAGCUGCUCACCUACUUCCGACGAUACAUGACUGAACAUCUUAUGAAAGCUGGCGCAUCGGUUCCCGUGAGAGAGACUGAUGGGCUAGCACGAUUGCCUCACUUGCACCAAUGGUUCAGGACCAGUCUUGCAGUCAUCAUGUACCUGACAAAUGGAACUUUACAGAUAAACUUCCAAGAUCACACCAAAAUCAUCCUGUGUCCGCUGAUGCAAGCAGUGACGUACAUUGACCUUGAUAAGAACUUCAGAACGUUCCGAUUCAGCACCAUCGACGAGCAGGGCUGCGACAAGAGGCUGUACUCAAACCUGAUGUACGCGCUCGAGAAACUUAACAGUGUAUUAGAAAAUAAAAUGCCCUAGCUUAUUCGACUAUCAUUGGAUUUAUUUUGAUAAAAUGAAUUGAUUUAUAAUAUACGGCAGUAAGGGGGAACAUUUCUUAGGUGGGAGGGUGUUAGGGCUUUUGCAUGUACAGUGAUCGCAAAAUAACUACAGUACUACUACUUUUAUAAGUUGCGCCCAUGAAGUAGAGGUAAUGGAGUGUUCACUUCCAAUACU